UGCAGUCGAUUCGCUUUAGUCGAGGCGCAACGCCCGAAGAAGAUACACCAUUCGAGAAAAUAGAACCCACUACGAGCAGUGGACCGGGCUCAGACAAGAAGAACAAAAACAUACAUAACAAGCUAAAGCAACAAAAACAACAAUAAGAGAAGAUCGGUUGAAACGUGCGUGACAAGGACCGAGCGAACAUUAGUGAGUGAGAACGAGAGAGAGCGAGUACGAGAGCAUUCGCGUACGUUGUCGGUCGGGGUAACGAAGAAACAGGACAGUAACAGUAAGAUUUCAGCAAUUCAGUGUGUCAGCUAUUCGAGCCGUACAGCAAGAAGGAAAAGCGUGAACCAAGGAGAACGUCACCGCCGACGUCCUCAUCGUUGUCGUUCUAAGUGGAAAGAAUCAAACCAGCCGCCGCGGAAGACGAGUGCGAUUUACCGUCGAGUACGGCCAACUGAGUGUGUGUGUUCAAGGGGAAAGAGAAAAUCGAUAUUAUGUGAAUGCUGUCAAAAUCAGGUCACUGUGGAUUUAAAGCAAGAGUGUGUGCCUGAUUAGUGGCUUUAAUGCAAAGGCAGGCAGUGGAAGAUUGCGUUUGAUUUCACACGAAGAAUAAGUGGAAGAAGUGUGAUAGCGAAGCAAAAAAAAAGGAACUUUGUUUCCUGAAGUGAAGACUGAGCUGAACGGAACGGUUGGAGUCGAGAGAAGGAGAGAUUGCGAGGAAGCAGUUGAUCGAAUCUCACACUUCUGACGGCGAGGAGCAUCGUUCUCAAAUUCAUCAGCACCAUUUAAUUUCACCAAGACUGAGUUGUAUCAGCCAAUUCAAGUCCGCAGCAGACUGCCGUCGGAAGAUCGAGGCUGAAGCGAAAACAACAGCAGCAGCAGUUGGAAUUUUCUUUGUGGAUUAAUGUUCCUGAAAAAAAGUUUAUGAAAUCUAUUUGUUAGAGAGUGAAUUAAAUUAAAGCAUAUCGAUUCGAGUGUGGUGCCAAAUGGUUGAAGAGCAGUGAAAAAAAGCGCAGGCACUAAUCAGAUAGAAGAAAAACCAAAUUCAAAUGAAUAGUGGUAAAAGUGUGCAGUAAGUGUCGUUUACCCGUGGCAAGUGGUUUCGCUGCCACGUCGGGGUUCAACGUUGGAGUGGAGGAAAUUCCGCAGCAGCAGCAUCAUCAACACUGGCAACAGAAUGGCGAUGGCAGCGUGCUAUCCAAACUACGACUUGUCCUCGUCGGCCGGGAUUGGACAUCAGCAGCAGCAACAGCCAUCGUUGCAUCAUUUGUCGUUACCAUCGCGGUUGACGGGUGGUGCACCAACGAUGGCCCAGAAAGACUACAGCAUACCACUUCACGUGGACUGUAGCGUAGAAUACGAGUUACCAAACCAGGCAAAGCCGCCGGUGGGUGCCCGAGUGGAACCGUUGCUGAUGAUUCAUCCGUGCUAUUUCCGCAAGAUGGAGAGCCAGCGGAGGAGUCCUUUCAUUAACAAUAUGCCAAAUUCAACCCGUAGUUCUAAUUCAAUUGUUGCCAACGUUGUUGAUUCAUCUUCAAUGAGCCGACGGAGCUCCAAGUCCAGUUCCCAGCAGCAGGCUCAACAGCAACAACAGCAGCAGCAGCAGCAACAUGCUGUUGUUACGAGCCAUCAGAGUACUAUGCAACGUCAUCAAAAUCUGCAACAACAGAUUGACGAGUACGUUCAAAGGCAGAUGGCUCAGCGGUCCCAACAGGCACACUACCCUGUUGGGACGAGUAGCCAGCAGCAACAACAACAACAACAGUCACAACAUGUUCAAUCUCAGCAGCAUCGCCAUCAUUCUCAUCAACCGCAGCCUCAACAGCAGCAACAGCAACUUCAUCAACAGCAGUCACAUCUGUCCAGUCAACAGCAAUCCACCAAUCAAUACAGCUUGCAGAGUCAACAACAGCAACAACAGCAACUAGUAAAUACCUCAGACUGGAGCUGCUACAUGGCCCCCGAUGGGGUUGUCCGAGGCUACAGAAAACCCAACCUAGCUAACCAAACUGCCUACAGUAACAGUAAUAGUAGCAGUAGUAGCAUCGUUAGCAACAGCAGCAAGUCAAAAGUCAUCAAGCGUAGUAAUACGGGUAUGCCGCCGCAACUGGCAGCCGCCGGGUCCGGGGGCCAUCAGCAGCAUCAGCAGCAGCACCAACAGAAUCUUAUAGCUGCCACCUGUGCCGCAUUCAGCAGCGGCGGCAGCAGUUUGGAGGGUGGCCUACCAUCCGGUCCCCGGUGGGACAUCGAAAAGACUUCAAUGGCCGCUGUGCCUCGCGAUUUCCAGGCUGGUCCGGAAUCGUUACCGAUCAAAGCGAAUGCUAGUCUACUGGCCGCUGCUGCCAUCAGUUCCCAAACAGCCCCCAUGAGCAGUAACAAUAAUAACAACAAUAGCUAUCAACCGUCGGCAACGAUGUACCGAAACCCGUCGGUAGUUGGCAAACGAGAUGCUAUGCUUUCCGGAGGCUGUGCUGUAUAUAGUAAUAAUAGCAACAAUAACAAUAACCUUAGGAACAAUAACAACGGUACGGAACUGGGCGGAAGUGGCAGUGGCAGCGGAAGUCUGUGGGACUCAACGGCUGCCCUGCUGGAGAAGAGUCCGAUGGCCACGAUACCGCGGGAUUAUCAAGCUGGGCCGGAACAUAUGGCGUGCAGCAAGAUGUCCGCCGUGGCCAACGGAAUGCUCGGCGCCACCGCUUCCGGUCACUCGCUGAUGCGUUCCGGCGCAACAGGAAACACAUCGGCCAGCAGUUACCAUCAUAACCACCAUCAUCACCAGUCAUCGUCGUCGGCGGAGAAGGCCGCCCUGUUUGCGGGCAAGUACCGUCAACAUCAGCGGGCUUCCCAUCGGCUGCAUCCGUACAUGAUGACCAGCUCGAUGGGCGGCUCCUUUCCGCCGUUGAUGGGUCCAGCAUUCCCGCAGAUGCAGCAAGUGUCGUGCUAUAAUGUGUGAUUCUAAGAAAACGCAGAAGAAGAUUGGGCAAAGAGAGUUGCCGUCGCCGACGAAGCAGAAGAUGAAAUAAUUUAAUGAAUGGUUAAUCAUCGCUAUAAUCUCUUUGUUUGUGUCUUAGGAUGACGAAGAAAAUGAAUGCAAAAGUAUGGCAAGAAAAAAAAUUAUAAUCGAGCAACUUUUUUCGUUGCAUUUAAAUGUGAUAGUAGUUUUACUCCAAGCAACUUCGAAAGAUAGUAAAGAAAAUAAUAAUUACAAAAUAGGAUACAAGUUAAGGGAAAUCAAGAAAAUAUCGCUAUAUAUUAAAAUAUGUGUUCCAAAGAAAGUCAAGCGAAACGUAGUGAAUACAACAGCAAAAAUAGAAGAAAGUUUGUGAAGCCGUCGGAACGAAGCCGCGGAAGCGAUGCUACAUUGAGCGAAAAUUCCUAGUGAAGAUGAUGGGAUGUUUAUGUAGAGGGUGCACGCUGUGUAGAUCGAAGUUGAAGUGAAGAUUGUGAUAAUUGUUCGAAAAAAAAAGUUGACCGAAGAAAAAAUCCGAGAAGACAUCAUUUUGGAUUACCCUCAGCAGCUGCCAAUCUAUCAUCGUCAGCUUCAUCCAUAGGAAACUGUCACUGCAUAAGAAUGUCGCCUACGUAUCAUCAAUAUUAAUCGGUUCUCCGUCGUGGUGGCUGUCGCUUUAUUGUCUGACGAACGGAAUCCAUCGGGAGGACGAUGCUGGCGACGGCUACCACCACCGCCGCUACUAGCUCCUAUUUGAACAUCUUUCGAUGAGACUUGGAGGCCAGAAUUAAAUUGAACUUAGGAAUGAUAGUAGCAACCGCGAGCUUUGUUCUUCACGCUCCAACACUCAUCUCCUCGCUAACAAAAAAUGUACACCUACACUCACUCAUACAUAAUGACAAACAACCACAUGCAGAAUUACAUUGUAAAACCCUCUUCCUAUUCGAGAAAUGAAAAAAAAAUUAUAAAACAAAUAUCGAGGGAUUAGAACUGAUUACCGCCUAUAGAAAGAUAAAAAAGAGAGAUAGAGACGAUACACAAUACAGACCAGAACGCAAGCUCUAGAAUGUAAAUGAAGAACAGAACCUUCUCCCGUAUCCCUACCCCCGUGUCAUCGCUACCGAAUACAGCCGGAACAAAAGUCUCUUUUGAAGCUUACCCUCGUAUUCUAUUGUUAUGUUUUUCUUUUCUUUUUUAGUGUCAUCUUUUUUAAGUUUUUUCGUAUUUGCAUAGAUUUGUAUAUUGCCUUUGUUCUUAGUGUAUUUUAUGUUUCCUAAAGAAAAUCUUUUAUCUAAAUAUAAAUUGUAUCUCAGUGAACGUUAUCCGUACACACAUUCAUAAAACCGCAUCGCCUUUGUUUUUAUUUUAAUCUGGGUAACUCCGUGGUACUUUCACUCGAUUCUCCAUUGUUUUCGCACUUUGUAAUAGAAGACGCAACAAAAAAAAAACACAUUUCAUACUCUCAAUAAACUGAAUCGCUUUGGAAGUCGAAACAAAAGUUACACACUCACAAAUCUCACAUAGUCAAACAAAAAGUAAACUACACACCUUCUCGUUGGAAUAAAACCAAAAUCAAAUAAUCAAGCUGAACAAACAGAAAGCAUUGUAUUACACACAAAAUUAUAUCCAAAGUAACCAGAAAAAAGUAACUAUUCAGUAAUAGAAGAAAAGUUAAAAUUUAAAUGAAAAAGUAAAAACAUUAGUGAGAAAGGGAGACACGAAGAAGCUGCGGAGAGAAAAAGAAAAAGUUACGAAAAGGGAAGAGCGUGGGGGGAGCGAGCAUAAGAUACUGAGGAUAGUGACCGGACAGGAGAGCAGAGUAAAUAGACGAGAACACUAAGCGGAACGGCGCUAGCGUAGUCAGCAGAUCAGAGAAGAAGAAAUCUUAUGCGAAACCUUGAAUCGGCCCAGUCCGAGUAAUCUUUGUUUGUACAUAUUCUUUGGGUGAGAAACUGACGGACCGGACGGGACGCGACGGACCGACUGAUUGACAGCCAGACUGACGACCCGACGUAUACAGUUAGUAGAACCGCGCCCAAGUAAGCGGGACACAAAGCCCUUGCAUGUAUGCAUGAUGAAACCAAUUGUAUAAAUUAUGAUAAUUUAAUUAUUUAAAACAAAAACGGUGAAAACAAAUGGAAAAAUGCAAAAAACCAACAAAAACAGAUCAAAUGGAAAAUAAUAAUCGCUCUUAUGCAAAAAGUUGAAAACAAAA